CUAAUUUCUAACUGAAGAUAUUGGAUUCAAUCAUCAAGUUCAGUUUAAGAUUCUAAUCUUAGAGGUCAAACAAAGACAAUCCGAUGGCAGUUGAUUAAUUCAGUGAAGGCACAUCCUACUCACCGAACCGGAUUUAUUUUCUAAGAAAAAAUCUCAUUUUCCCUGCCUAAUUUGGUGUAUUUAAAAAACUAUAAAAAUAAAGAAGUUGAGGAGAAUUCUAUGCAGUUGAAAUGUCAACAAAUGAAAGUGGUGAUAAUAAAGAAUCAUCGAUUAGUAUAAAAAAGAUGGCCGGCGUUGAUUUUCAAAGGUGGCAAAAUUUUCCUGUGGCCAAUCAAGUUCAGCUAAUAGAUAACAAUAAUUUAAACAGUUAUAGAAUAAUUACGAUUUCAAAUAAUUCCAAUCCGCUAAAUUUUUCAACUGACGGCUCGAAUAAUUUUUUCCUAAACGGCGAGUUGUUAAUUAACGAGAGCGGAUUUAAAAUGAAGCCUGCGGGUUCAGGCGAUAAUUUCUGCGUUGAUGACUUGAUUGAUAAUUGCUUGGCGACGAACGUGAGAGGCGAAACGAACGCGAAUUCGUUUGAAAAUAAUUCCAGUGUCUCUUCAAGCACUGUCUGUGCUGAUUCUGCUGCCAAAGUUAAAACCAUUCCAAUCACAGAUCUGACGAGCACUAAUGGCGUGAUUGACAGUGAAAUGAUGACCACUGUUGGAAUUCUACCCACCAUUGAUAAUACUAAAAUUUCCACUGCUGCUAAAACUAUUACAAUCCAACCACAAAUAAAAACAGAAAAUCCUGAUUGUAGCAGUACUGAGGACAGGACUACUACCAUCAUCCCCGACAAGACAGACACUAAAAUUAAAAUAGAUGUCGAUACAAAUUUUGACAAUAAAUCAGCCUCACCAAGUUAUUCAAAAUCUUUGAGUUCAGAUGAUAACCAGAGUUCAUUGAAAGAAGAAAAGAAUGUGUUGGGAUUUGAAUUUUCAUCAGAUCCGUAUCAGUUUUUAGAGAAUUUGUCAUCUCUACUUGAUUCUAAAGGGGGUUUGAAGGAAUAUAGUGAUUCAUUUGUUCAGAUUCUGAAGUUGUGCUCAACCAUGCCUUGCCAAUGCAUACUCAUCAAUGUCAUCAAGUCAACUGAGAGUUCUAUCAUCAAAAAAUUGCUACAGAGAGGUGCCUGGCAGCAGUUGCACACAUGGCUGCGAGAUGCAUGCACGCAGAUCAACAAACCACUGAUGCUGGAGUUGCUACAGCUUUUCAAAUUGUUACCGGUGAACACUAAAUUGCUCCGCAGUAAUAACUGCGCUAAGGAUAUCAAACAGCUGAUUAAGAAUUCCGAUGAGAGAGUGACCAGACUGGCCCGAGUUGUUGUCGAUGAGUGGAUGAAAGUGGUGAAGGGUCCUAGUGCGGAAUCGACAUCAUCAUCUUCUGGGGAUAAACUAAAGAAGAAGCUGAUAGCGCUCACGACUCCAUCGUCGUCUGACUCAACUAAUGAUGACAGAUCCAAAACCUCCGACAACAAUAUCACUGCUGAGAAAAAAUCAAACAUUCUAGAUAGAAAUAAGAUCAAUAAUAGCACUGUUAGUAAGGCACAAAAUUUGAGUAAAAAUGCUUCUAGCAGUAGCAAUGGUAGUGGCGCGAGUAGCAGCAGUAAGGCUUCCUGUGAUUCUCUAGGCAAAAAAGAAAGGCCAAAGACAGUGAAAGUGAAACCUCAAAAUUUCCGAAUGACAGGUCUUGAAGAUUUAAAAGGGAGUAAUGCUAACGGCAGUAACAACAAUUCAACUGCAAAAUCUGUUAAGAAUGGUAGCAACAGUAGCAGUAGUAGUAGUAGCCCAGCCAAUAAGUGUACAGCCAGUGCCGUUAGGAGUUCCUCUAAAGAUGCCAACUCAAACAAGAGUAAAGUUGUUCAAGCUCCCAAGCCUAUAUCUCCUGAAAUAUUCGAGAAAUCUCUCUUCAUGGACGCCUUGCAAGCCUCAUCCACACCUGCGCAGCAGAAGAGGAAGAGGAGGUUAACACCAGAUGCAACAAAAUCAUCAUCAACAACAACAACAUCUAUCUCGUCAUCAUCAUUAUCAGCAAUAACGACUGCAUCUAAUACCGCAACAGCCACAGCACCAUCCUCAUCUUUGUAUAGUUUAACGUCGUCGACCACCACCACCGUGACAGCAGCGUUACAAAAUGACGACUUGACGCCUCAGGCCAAACGGCCUCGCCUUUCUCCAGAUGUAACAACGGAACAACGUCAACAAUCAUCUUCAUCAUCCCCACCACCCCACACGUCGACCACUACUUCUACUUCUGCAUCUUCAUCGUCUUCCUCGUCUUCACUGGGAACCAAGUUAAAAAAAUCCGUAACAUGGGCAUCGGAGACGGACCUCUGCAGCUUUCACUACUUCGAGUUCGAUGCCGACGAGCGAUGCAACGUUAACAAUUUGAAAAAAUCUUUAUUAUCGCCUGCAUCCUCUUCGUCUUCUUCGGUUUCCAACUCUGGUUUCCAAGACCACUGGAAACACGAGUUAGAAAUGGAGAGAGAGCUGCUGUUUGGGAAAAACCACCAUUCUAAAAAUAAACCUUCUGAGAUGAUUGAUUGGUUCUGCCCACCCCUCAUUGAAUUCCUGGAACCUUCCAGCAUGGUGCCCGGUAGCGAGAGUGAGGAAAAGUUGACUCAGGCCAGGAGGGAGACCUUAGUGCUGCAGAUCAUCUACUUCAAUAGGGAUAGGAUUCCAGAUUCACCUUCCGAGCCAGAUGAGCCUCAGUUGCCCGGUGACCAAUCACAAUCAGCUUGUAAAAUAAUUCCAUUGGAUGAUAUCGGUGAGGGAGAGGAGCCAAUGGAUGAAUCCGAACCACAGCCAGCUGAUACUAAACAACCACAAGAUCCAACCAAUAAACUUAUUCUUCCUGAAGCUAUCACAAAUUUAUUGGAUAGUUACAUGAACAGCACUAACAACAUGAACUGCCAAUCAAAUUCGCCAGUUUUAAAUGUCAACAAUCCUGUUAGUCAUUACGAUCCAAAUGUUAUGAACCAAUCAAAUCACUACAAUCAGUAUGCCGGCCAAUCAAAUCUUAUAAAUAAUAUGCCUGCUUAUCCAAUGGGAUUCAACAUGAAUGGCAAUGUUCCAAAUAUGGAGAGGAAAUCUUAUGACCCAGGCUUCAUGUACAACCACGAGGCUAACUCAUCGCAUUGGCCCAGGUUCGAUUGCAAUCCUCCUAAUUUCCCUAAUCAACGACCGCCACCUCAUCAACAGUUCGAUGAUUCAAGAAGAAGGUUUCAAAAUAGAGAAGAUGGAAGGGGAAGAGGAGGGAAUAAAAGUGAUGAUUACGGCGAUGAAACGAAGUUGACAAGGAAGAUAAGGAAGAAGAUAAGAUUCGGGCACCCUAUCGCAUAA